AUGAUUAAAGUAUUUAAUCCAUUCUUUUCAUUUUGUUUUUCAACGAUUCAAUCCAAUUUUUUUCCAAGAUACUUCAACAAUCUCACUCGAAAUGUUAUAUACAAAAAAAAUAAUCAUCAUUUGUCCGUUGUUUCAGACAUCUUUGAUCAAAAACUUUACAAACCACCUACAAUUAAAGAAACCAUGGUUAUUUACAAAUCUCCAAACAUGAAAACUUCUCCAAAAAAACUUACAAAAAUUGCUAAACAAAUUGCUGGUAAAAAACUAGAAGAUGCCAUUCUACAGAUGGAUUUUAGUAAAAAAAAAGCAGCAAGAAGCGUAGCAGAAUUUCUUAGAAACGCACGUGUAAAAGCUGUCAAUAACAAGCUAGACAAAAAUACAUUAUUCGUUGAUCAAGCAUUAGUUGGGAAAGGCAUAUAUAUUAAACAACCAUGGUUUAGAGGAAAAGGAAGAAUGUCAAUACGAAGAAGACCACGAGCACAUAUAAAAAUGAUUAUCAGGGAUAUCACUAUAUUAGAACAACGAAAAAAAGAAACACAAAUUCGACAAAAACGCAAAGCAGUAUGGGUACAAAUUCCAAACAAACCAAUCUAUAAUAAAGCUAUUGGAUUUACAUGUUAA